AAGCCCUCAACAGGUAUAGCGAAUUCUCAAAGGAGAAGUGCAUUCCUCGAUCAUAUUGUAAGCGAAAUUUGUCAGUUUAGUGGACACGAUCUUCUAUUAUAUCGGAGUUUUUACGGUUUACGAAAAUCAGUAAGUACUAUGUAAGAGAGAGGGUACCUACGCCGCAUAAUUUCCAUAAGAAGAUUCUUCUAAAUCCAAUGUAAGUAAGUACUUCUAGCUUUAGAAGUACCACUACAAGAACGGAUAUAAUAGCUAAGAAAAUGGCUGCAUUCGGUGAUCCCAUCCAGGAUGGUGAUGAAGGCAAUGACGACGAUUUAUGUGGCAUCUGUCACGAAGUUUUGCUUGCCGCCGGCAAUCCCAAGAUCUUCCCGUUGAGGGUCUGCGGGAACUGUGGGGGAGGCGCGUGUCACAACGAUUGUGCUAGAUCAUGGGAGCAGACCUGUCAUCAGCAGCACAAAUAUCCAACUUAAGCCAUGAAAAAACCAGCGGACGAUGUUGCAUCUUCUUGCACCCGAACAAUAUCAAUGUCACGAUCCAUCUACUCCUAGACCUACACACUGCGCGUCGCUCGGAAAAAUCAGCAAGGAAAUUUGUCCCGCUUUUUCUUCGCCGUUUCUUUGUUGUUGAACUUCCAUUCAUAGCUGAGGUUCUGGUAUUCUGAGCUUGUUCAAUGUUGCUCGUGCUCCUUGUAUUGCUUGUAGUAUCAAAAUAAACGGGAGAAAGACCUAGAUCUAAUCACCCUGCGUCCAAUGCCGCCACGAGUAUCCCACCGACAGCAAGUACCUGGUCUCCAUGCAUCUCUUGCCGGUUGAAGCCACUGAAUCUCCGGAAAGCGCAUCGAACGCGCUGCUUGAAGAAGGUUCUUAAUAAUUUCUACUACAGCCAGUUCGCCCGGGCUGAUGUGUCUAUUGUUGAGCGUUCACUGACAAGUAAGUCAACUGUUCUUGGAGCCCUGUCCUCUAGAUUAGAGUGGUCAACUCAUGCCUAUAAUUUUGCGGUACUGUUGUAGUCCUCACGCUUACUUACCCGUUAUUAGGUUUAAUCUACAACUUUCUCUAAUUCUAAUUCUAAAUGAUCAAAGAAAAUGCUUAAAACCAUCAUUACUAGACCAAGAUCUCAGUGACGAUUCUGAAGAUGUGGUUAUCGAGAAGGACGAGCUGUACAGGCAAGAACGUGAUACUGCUGCAGAGGUGGAAGCGAUAAAGGCCGUGCUGGAAAAACAGACAGAGGCGCGUGUACGCUUUACAUCCAGUUAAAUAAUUCAUCGUGAAAAUGAAGACCACGACAGCUCGUGAGUAACGUCUAGAAAGAAAGUGUGGUGGAAAUCGCCGCAGGCAUGACGUAGAUGUUGUUUGAACGUGGUUUUUUACGUUGUUUUUCAGUACUACGUGCAUUGGCCCUAUCAGUAAAAUGCUGAUUAUUCUUAUUGCAGCAGAAUGCUGGUUAUUGCAGCAGAAUGCUGAUUAUUGCCACAGAGUGCUGAUUAUUGCAACAGAAGUUUCACCACUCUCAAUUCUCAUCAUAUCAGAAUGUGGCGAGAAAUGGCACGCGGGAGCGCAUAGAGGCGAAUGCUGAGGAAGAAAAAAAGAAAAAACGACUGAAGAAAGAGCACGACAGAUGUUUGUCGGCACUGCACAAAAUAGAUUCACGCACCCUCGAAGACCUCAGACGGGAGAGCGGCUUGUCGCACGACCGUUUUGCGAUUAUGGCUACCGACUCGAUAGAAGUCGUUCGUUUGUACAUUUCCUUUUGAAGCAUUAGUUUUAGGACGAGUUGUUUGUGCAGCUCACUAGGAUUAUGUUGUUGAUAAAUGAGCAGUGGAGUAAGAGUUACUUACAACUUUGAUGUUUGCCAAGAGAACAUAGCAAGCACGUGAAUCAAUGGCAUAGAUGAAUAGAUAUUAGAUUGCCCUUCUUGACUUCUAGUACUAGAUCUAAUUGGAAGGUGCAGAAAAUACGGAAUCGCUACAACGAAUAUAUGGCUGAGAAAGAUCCACAGAAGAAAUCGGAACUAGAAGCUGCCUUGUUUUUGGUGAAGGGUGAGGACAAACGCGUGCUCCCCCAGUCACGACAAAACUGGACUGAUAGGGAGAUCGAAUACGUGAAGCGGGUCUACUUCAAGGAAAUGUUCGAAGCUUCAGCAAAAAUACAGCGUGAUGCGAUUCAGAAAAUUAAGCCCAGCAGAGUGAUUCUGAUUUUUCUCACAGUACGACUUUCAAUCACAAAUUCUUGAUAGAAGCAAAUUGAAAUUUUGAUUAUGCCGCCGACGCGCUCCCGGCGUGUACACACGCCGGGCGGGCAGGGCGGAAGGGUCCUACAAAUUCUACAAACUACAUUAGAGACGUACGGCCUACCGGCGUAAUACGAAGGGCGCGGAGAUAAACGGGAUACGAUUUAAGUGAAGCAGUUACGUGCUAAACGCAUCUACGUACUACAUAUACACUGGCGGCAGCACCUUAGGAGGCUACGCGUAGCGAGCUACGCUUAGAAAGCAGGCCACGCUUAGCAGGCAGCCUAUGCUUAGCGCAUCCACAUGCCUAGCGCGCGCGAUGCUUAGCAAGCAAGCGACGCCGAUGCUUAGCAAGCAGGCAACUCUUAGCAACAGCAGGCAAGCUAUGCUUAGCAAGCAAGCCAUGCCUAGCAAGCAAGCGAGCCCGGCCUACCAAGCAGGCCCGGCUUAGCAGACCGGCUCUGCUUAGCAGGCAAGUUAUGCCUGGCGAGAAAGCUUGCUGUGUAUGCUUGGCGCGCCGCAGGCUAUGCUGAGCAUGCAAGCAAGCUACGCGAUGAAAGCAAGCGAUGCCGAGCAAGCAAGCUUCUCUGAGGCUGAGCAUGCAAGGUAAAGCUAUGCAUAGCAAGCCAGUGAUGCUCAGCAGGUGGGCUAGCAUGCCCAGCAAGCGCGCUACGCACAGCGGGCCAGCGACGCUUAGCAGGCACGCUACGCCCAGCCCAGCAAACCAGCUACCGCUACGCUCAGCAAGCCAGCCACGCUCAGCAAGCCAGCCACGCUCAGCAAGCCAGCCACGCUCAGCAAGCCAGCCACGCUCAGCAAGCCAGCCACGCCCAGCAAGCUGACUACGCUCAGCAAGCCGGCUACGCUCAGCAAGCCGGCCACGCUCAGCAAGCCGGCCACGCUCAGCAGGCCAGCUGCGCUCAGCAAGCCAGCUCCUUUCAGCGAGCCAGCUACGCCCAGCAAGCUAGCUAGUUCGCUCAGAAAGCCAUCUACGCUCAGAAAGCCAGCUACGCUCAGAAAGCCAGCUACGCUCAGAAAGCCAGCGAGCUACCCUAUGCUCAGCUAGUCAGCUACGCUCACCAAGCCAGCUACGGCCACCAAGCAGGCUACGCCUAGCCAGCUAUGCUUAGAAAGCAGGCUACACUUGGCCAGCAAGCUACGCCCAGCAGGCAGGCUAUGAAUGCCGAGCAAGCCAGCUACACCGAAGUAGCGCGUCUGCAUUGAUAACGAAACUGAUGAAGCACAUAAAUAGUUUAGGGCUUUUAGGUACUGACGCGAUAUUACUUAUCAGAAGCAGGACCAUGGAAAAGAUGCGCGCAAAAUCGCGGCACUUUUACGGCGUGAGGUGUAUACAUGUAGGCACACCUCAAGAGUACACCUGUCCCAUGAUUUACGUACAAGAUAUAUUUCGUGCGAUAUAGAUCGCAGCCGUAUGCGUCUAGCCCCUACACCUUUGCUGCGAUUUCUGCACAUCUAAAACCGCAGGGCUAUUGCUAUUUAAGCCCCAAACUCGUUAUAGUUAUAGUAUGUCAUAUGUUCCAGGGCUGAGGCUUCUUGAAGGCCCCCCGAUCAAAAGUUUUGCGGGGGGGCCUCCAGCUCCGGGCCCUUUUUCUCGUGGGACUGCUUUGCGGGAAGGCCUCCAGGCGCCCGCCUUCGCGCCUUCGCGGCUGCUUGCGUGUACCCUACAGGCGCCAAGCCCCUGAGGACGUUCAAGCGCCGACGGCCGGGGAUGGAAGGCUUCUGAAGGCGGCAAAGGUGGCAAGCGCAAGGCCUGGCUCUCUCUUGCCGUGUUGCAUGUACCCCGGGCCAGACCUCCCGUGUGCGGGCUCCUCAGUCACUGGAGGAGUUUCUUGGGGGGUGGAAGGCCUCCGAGGGCAGCAGGUGGCAAGUCUUGACCCCUUUCGCCGUGCUGUGUGUUUGUAUCCGACAGAACCCAGGCGGGCACGCCUUGCCCCCCCUCCUCCUCGCCUGCGGGUCUUCAACCCCCCAGGCGUUUGGUGGCAGGCGGCUCGCUGACGCCGCCACCAAUCGGGGGGAUGAGGGCCAAAGGGGCCAGGCUUCGCGACCGUGGCCGCCUUCGGCGGCCUUCUGCCCCUGGAGGCUGUCCCCCUAAUAGGGUCCAGGAGUCGGGGGCCCCACCCCUCUGGGGUACAUGUGGAGAACUGCCAGGGGACUGCGGCCCGCUUUUCGAGGCUUUCGCCUCCGGGAAUCCUUACAUGCUUACAUGUCACCACCGCGGAAAAAAUAAAGGGCGCGCCGACGCCCCCCCGCUCCGUCCACAGACAGGGGGGGCUCCCUCCGUGGUAUAUCAGAGUAGUUUAUAGCACGCAUGGUGCAUGGAGCGCAGAGCUUUAAGGGGCGCAAGACGCUCCCUCUUUAGCUCCAUGCUACUCCAUGUGAUCCAUGCACUCCAUGCCAUGCGAGCUGUGGAACCUUAUAAAUUGCUCGGGUAUAUACUUAUAUCAGAGUAGUUUAUAGCACGCAUGGCGCAUGGAGUUCAUGGGGCGCAGAGCUUUAAGGGGCGCAAGAAACUUCCCCAGUAGCUCCAUGCUACUCCAUGUGAUCCAUGUACUCCAUGCCAUGCGAGCUGUGAAACCAUACAAAUUGCUCUGUGUAUUAAUUUAUAAGAACAUGACGAAAGCCAAAGAGCAAACCGCUAUUCCUACAGAUGUAACGUUCAACUUCUUCUAAUGCCUGAAAGCGACGCGACUUCUUUAAGGAAAACGCGAAGAAAGAAAGAGAGGAGAGUGCGAAGGAGAAAAAAAGAAUAGCCGAAGCCAAUGCGGCAUUUCAACAGGGACGAGACGAGGUGAAUAAGCUCAAGUACGAGCUACAGCAGUUACGCCUUCAACUUCAAGUUGCCGAAGCAAACGAGGACGAAAAAUCCGGCCACCAAGGAGAAGGAAUUUCGUGGAGCAGCGUGCAGGAAGAGGCCGCGGAGCGACUGGUUGCAGUACCUAUAGAUCAGCUGGGGGUCAUACCCGCAUCGCAGUCUUCGCCACGCCGCAGAAGCUCCUCCCAGACACUACACCAGGUGACAUGGGACUCUGGAGCUGGACGGGGAGCCGGAGGGUUUGCCCAGAGAAUAACGCUAAAUUUUGGUGGUGGUCUCAAGAAAGAAAAUCAAAUGAGCAGCUCAUCUACUUGUAAAAGUAGAAAUAAUGAUCUUCUGAACAAAACAAGGGUCCUCGGGGGAGCAGCGACUGGAGCAAGUUCUUCUACUUCCCAUCUUCAGCUUGCACACAAAGUAUCGUCGUCAUUUACGAGCUCCAAACUGAAAGACACCAGAUCCGCAGUUGCCGCAGGUUCUCCUGCUGCAACAACAACAGCACAGAAGACAUUUAACUCCGCGACUUCAAUUUCAGCAGCAGCCGGCUCAUCUGGUGCAAAUCUCGGUGUGCCCGUGAGCAAGGCUCUCAUCUCUUCCGCGGUGGUUGGGCUAAAUCCAACUUCGACGAUGAAAAGUGUUGAGAGAAUACAGAACGCGGAACUACAAGAGAAAGGGAGCGCAGCAACCCGGGUAGCAGGUGGAGUACAACUAGGUAAACAAAAAGGUGCGGGAGCGAAGCCGGGAGGAAAGGGUAGGCGAAAGCGAGCCGAGAAGGAGUCAGACAGUGACGAGGACAAACGCCAGGCCCAGAGGCGAAGGCUCGAUCUCGGUAAUAAUAGUGCAGCAGCGCUCGAAAAAAACCGCUCCGAAUUCGCGGGACGCAGAGCACCCCGUAACGAGCCAACCUACGCUAGGACGCAGUACAACUGAAAAGUAUAAGAUGAAAAGCGGGUCAGUCUGCUCCUUGUUCCCAAUCCUUGAUCAGAUGAAUGAUGAUGCUCGAACAAUAUUGUCCUCUCUGCGUAUCUCUCUAAUUGUCGUGAUUUCCGGCUGUGGUAGUAGUUUUGAUUCCUCCACGGCCCACUUCGAUAUGUCGCCCCCGUCUUGCAUCAGUUUAAGUAGGAUGGACCGUCAUGAUCCCCAUUGCCAUUCCUGGCGCAUAUAUCCGCCAGAAUAUGAAACAUCCACGACCAUGUGAAUUUUCAUCCGACAACUUUUGAUGCGUCACGCAAUGUCAUAAUUUGCGCUCAUCACAGUAUCCCAAAUGAAAAACAAAAAUAUCGUUGGAGGUUUUCUUCCACUAUUUUUUGG